AUGGAUGUUUCCGAAGAUCUAGCAAGGGAUUACCCUCCAAGACUUUACCCUGAAGGGGCUUCUAUUUUUGAAAACAAAAGCAUUAAUACGAAUAGCCAUUUUUCUGAGAUCCCUCGACUUAGACAAGCAAUUGGAAUAGAUGUGUGGGAUAAUCUGAAGACGUAUCCUGUUGGAUUGAUUGCUAAACUGGCUGAGAGCAAAUUGGUGUGGUCUGAAGAAAGUUUUGAACCUGAUCCAGAGAAUUACAAAGCGUUGUGGGAGUUGUUGAAAGUGCCGCUUGGGUACGGACCCAAGUUUGAUGAACUUAUAGAAGCUUUAACGGAGUGUCCAUUCUGGAGUGCUGAUCAGCGGAAAUGGAGGGUCGUACACCCUUACGGCUUCAAGGACGUGUUAUUGGUUUGGGCGUAUGAAUCUGUCACAGUGUUCGGAGAGCUUUAUGGCAGAAAAGUGAAUCCAGACGAAAUUCCGCUUUUGCGAUGGGGUGGAAGUCGUACUCGUGCAAGUCUUGCUACUACAAUAGCUAAGGAGAUGAAUGAUCAUGGAACGGUGCGUGUGAGGAAAAUGGUGAUGAAGGAGGGUCUAGAAGAGCUGUUUCCUCAGUGGAAGGAUGAAGCAGAUGACCCACAACUUGAUAACCUAAUUAAAGAUAUACAUGCAGAUAGGUUUGUUAGAGAUUUUUAUGUGCAAUCGAAUGAGAAGAACAAAAAAACGAAGGCUGGAGUUUCGUCAGAGGCUGAGCCACCCUCAAAGAAGCAGAAGAAAGGUAAGAAACAGAAGGAGGUGAAAAUCAAUGAGGGUGAAACUGCUGUUGUAGAGGAGAAGGAGAGUGCAAAGGAGAAGGGUCGUAGCGAAGCGGUUCUGCUGAACAUAGUUGCUCAUCUCGAGAAGUUGGACCGAAAAUUUGACUCGAGAUUAACAGAAUACGACACCAAGUUUGGAGAUUUUUCCCAAGGCCUUUUGGAUACCAUUGGAGAUACAGUGAAAACUACAGUUGAAGAGCGUCUGAGAGUUUUGGGGGUGUCCAAUAGUAGUCAACCUGAAGGUCAACACGUGAUGGUCUCAGAAGACAACCAACAGCCGGAGUCCAAUAGUGGUCAACCUGAUGGUCAAAACGUGAUGGUCUCAGAAGACAACCGACAGCCGGACUCCAAUAGUGGUCAACCUGCAUCUAAGACCCCUAUUGAUAAACAGUCCGAAGACAGUCAACCGCAAAAGACCCCUGAUAAAGGCCAAUCUGAGAAGAAUCUGGCAUAUGAUAUUGCUAAAGCUGAUGCGAAAGGUAUGGGAUCAAAGCUGAAUUCGAAGGUUGUCAGGGAUAAGGCUGCUGGGUGA